AUGGGAAAGUCCCAGUUUGAGAAAGCUGUGAUCUGCUUCUUUAAAGCCAUCACACUGCAGCCAGAGCAGACUCAGCUGUAUGUGAGCCAGGCGGAGGCCUACCUGCAGCUGUGUGACUUCCAGUCAGCGGCAGCCUGCUAUAAACGGGCCUGGCUCCUGGAGCCCGGUGCCUUCAGCGCCCGCCUGGCCUUCAUCUACUACCUCCAGGGCCAGUGUUUGUUUGACGGAGGCCUUUUCCUCGAGGCUCUGGAGGCCUUCACAAAAGCUGCGGAGCUGAGGCCCGACUGCAGGGCCUACGAGGUCAGAAGCCUGGCCUGUCUGACAGCUGCAGGACGCCACGCUGACUGUCUGAAGCUGGUGAACGACUGGAUGCUGUCAGAUGGUCCCACCGCCGACCUCUACGUCCUCAGAGCCCGACUGCACAAACUGCUCAGCCAGACAUCACAAUGUUAUCAAGACGUGAGGUCGGCGUUGGCGUUGAACCCAGCAUGUCGUGAAGCCGCAGCCCUGCUGCUGCAGCUGCAGGAGGCCAGUGAACGGGCCAGACUAAAGGCCGUGGACAGAGCGUCCACCGGCCGGCUGCCUGACGCCCUCUGCAUGAUCAACGUCGCUCUGGAGAACUGCCCCCAGGAUGCACGCCUCUACCUGUUCAGAGGGAUUCUGUACCGACGUCUGAAAGACUUCACAGCAGCCAUUGAGGAUCUGGUGACGGCUGUGGAGCUGAGCGAGGAGGAGGAGGAGGAGGAGAAGGAGGAGGUGACCUUUCAGCUCGUUCUCACCUACAAUGACUUUGCUGUUCAGUGCUUCAGCCGAGGCCUCUACGCCGAGGCCACUCUGCUUCUCAACAAGGCCAUCGAGGAGGAGAAGAGCGAGCCGGCUCUGUACCUGAACAGAGGAGAUUGUUUCUUUAAACAGGGUGAUUGGUGUUUCGCCAUGGCCGACUACCAGCAGGCUGAGGAGAUGAUGCGGCCUGAUGACCCUGCUGUCCGGCUCCGCCUCGCUGUCCUCCACAACACGUUGGGCUCUCUCUGCUUCCAGGACGGGUGUUUCCAGGAGGCAGCUGACAUGUUUUCUCUGGCCGUCCAGUACGACCCCACAGCCAGUCAGUACUAUGAGAACAGAUCCAAGGCCUUCCGGAAACUCCAAAACUUGGACAGAGCCAGACGGGACUUCAUCUGCACGCUGAUCCUGGAUCCCACCAACGAGGAGCUGCCUCCUCUGCUCAUGCAUCUGUUCCCCGGCUGCAGCGUGUCUGAUGUUCUGUCCAGUCCAGCAGGACAAGCAGUCAGAGACCAGCUGAUGGACACCAUCCAGGCCUGCAGCUCCUCCUCUGAUCAGCAGAGACUGAGUGAGAAGCUGCAGAAGAUGACUCUGACCGGUGAGAACACAGCGAGCCAAUCAGAGGCCCCGCCUGCAGCAGGAAAGGAGCUGAAGCUGUGUGUGAACCAACAGGAGAUGCAGCUCAUUGUGAGGAGCCCUCAGCAGGUUGAAGAAGUGGUUGGAUCAUUUCUCCAUGAAUGUCCAGCUGCGCACCACACUGGGCCACGCCAAACCACACACCACCCACCAUCAGCACCACCACCAGCAUCCACACAGUGCAACACAACCAGUCCGCCCUGAGAUACAAGAGGUGGUCGCACUACAAGAGAUUUGGGCUCCACAUCUCAGAAGUGAUAAUUGAUUUUGCUUUGGAUGGGAAGUAAAUAAUACAUUUUUCUUUGCCUCAGACUUAAAACUUAUUCCAGCAGGGGUUUGAUGUGCUUAAACUUUGGCUGCAAACACUGUGAAUCACUUUUAACAGCCGUUUAAACUGAAGAAAAUCUACAAAACUUAACUAUGCUCCUCUAACCCACACAUAAAGAAAAAUCUUUGUCUGUUUAUCAUCAUAUUUUUGAUUCGUUUUGUGCAGCGCAUGCUAAAUCAUAUGUGCGUAGCCGCAACGCAUCCAUAUGUGCCCAUAUGUUUUACAGAUUUUGUGGGUAUUUCUACUCCAGUAGUAAAGUU